AUGAGGUCCAGAAUGUUUGUCAAACCAUUCGUCUCGCUAGCCUUUGCCACAGCUGCAGCAGCUCUUACAAACUGGGACGACUGGAGUCACGGCCGCGUGACGCUACAGGAUGUGAGCAUCCAUUUCCGCUAUGCUGGAUCAGGUCCCCCGUUGCUGUUGGUCCACGGCAAUCCUCAGUUCAGUCUCACCUGGCGCGAGGUUGGGCCGUUGCUCGCCGAGAACUUCACCGUCAUCGCCCCCGAUAAUCGCGGCGCCGGAGACUCUUCAAUCCCGCCGGAUGGCAACUACAGCUCUUCCGCAUCGGCAGACGAUCUCAAAGGCGUGCUGGAUUCUCUCAACAUCACCUCCGCCUACGUCUUCUCCCACGACAAGGGCGUCGGCGCGGCCACCGCCCUGGCCAUCAAGUAUCCGUCGCUCGUGAAGCGGCUCGGCGUCGGCGAGUAUGCGUAUCCAGGCUACGGAUACGAGACCGCGGCCAAUCCCGGGCCCUACUGGGACUUGUACGGAAACACUCAGUUGGCACUAUUCCAGGUUCCGGACCUUGCUGAGUUUCUGAUAUCGGGCAAAGAAAAGCUCUUUCUGGAGUGGUACUUUUACCACGGGAGCUAUUCGGGCGCCUCGUCUAUUCCUGAGGACAUCGUCAACCAAUACACGUCAUCAAUCGCCAAACCGGGCUUCUUGCGUGCCAUGAUGGGACCGUUCGCUGCCCAAACAGUGGCUGCGGACAACGCCUUCUUCACAAGUGCUUUCCAGAAGCAGAAGCUCACCAUGCCCUUACUAGCUUUAGGAGGAGAAGCUUCGUUUGGAAUUCCUUCGGUUCUGAAGCAGAUCUUUAGCCCAGCAUCCGAUAAUCUGCAGAUUGAUGUUGUACCCAAGGCAGGACACUGGAUUGCCGACGAGAAUCCCAAAUGGCUAGCGAAAAGAAUCAACAAGUUUUUCUCAGAAGGCUCUAGCUCGUUGCCUCCCACGGAUUUGUCAUGGUUCGAAAACAAGGUGACACUCUCGGUAGGAUAUUUUGGAACAUAUCAUAACUUUGCACUUGGCUCUGCUGAGUGA